AUGGCUACGCUGAGCACGGCGAAGAAGGAGAUGAGAAGCAGGAUCAAGAAGAUCCUGGCUGGCGUGUCUGCAGAAUCGGUUCUUUCACAAUCCUCCCUUGCCACUGAACGCCUUCUCUCGCUGCCGGAAUACCAGGCCGCCAGGCGUGUCAGCGUGUACUUGUCCAUGCCGGCCGGGGAGAUGAUGACCGGCGCCAUAGUCCGUGAUGCGUUCAGUCGCGGCAAGCAGGUUUUUGUCCCGUAUAUCUACAAGCAGGAGACGACGACGACCACAGACACUGCCGGGGCCAAGCCGUCGUCGAUCAUGGAGAUGCUGGCUCUUCGCUCGAUCGAGGACUACGAGUCUCUACAGCCGGAUAGCUGGGGGAUUCCUACUCUAGACGCCAGUUCCGUGCCUGACAGGGAAAACUGCCUGGGAGGGACCGGCUUACUGGGUGAGAAUGGUGCUCUGAACGGUGAAGAUGGCGGCUUAGAUCUCAUUGUCGUGCCUGGUAUGGCCUUUGAUGGCGGCAUGAGGAGACUGGGCCACGGCAAGGGAUAUUAUGACCGCUUUAUCAACAGAUACCGGAAUAAUAACACCCAGCAAACAGGAAAAGUUCAGAUGCCGUAUCUUGCCGCUUUCUGUCUUGCCGAGCAGGUUCUUGAGCCACCAGAGGAGGUGCCUGUUGGAGAGUACGACAACCUCGUUGACAGCCUGGUCGUAGGUGACGGACGGGUCGUGAGAAGCUGA